UUUUUAAGAAAUGUUUGUUUACAAAUCUCUUCCGGUGGACACUGGGUUGGCUCUCUUAGCAGGGCUUUGAUGCGGGCUACGUCCCUCGGGGUUCUAUCAAAUUCGGUUAUUUACUGAAAACUAAGGAGCUGAAAGGUGUAAUUUGGAAGAAAAUGAGCAAGCAGUUUGUAUGAUCCUUUACAAACCAAACCCAUUCUGAAGCAGCUUUUGUAAAAAAGUGAAGAAUCCUUAUUCAGGUGUUUACUAUAAUUAAAAACACUCAGGCUUUUGAAAAAUCCACAAGGUCCUCAUAAUAUUUAAACCAGCACAAUGAGUGCCCAGCUUCUACCUCCAAAUGUGGAAGCUUCUAAAAUGCUUGAAGCUGCCCUGCAACAAAUGGAUGGCAUCAUAGCAGGUACACAGUUGGAGUUGGCCAGUCUGCCUGACCGCAGCAUGUCUCCCAGCUUGGGUGUGUUAGAGGCAACAGAAAAGCUGCGACAAGCCAUACUGAUGUCGCAGGAUGAAGGAGAAGCAGAGGAGAUCCCUGAGGAAACAAGGAACUUCCUGCUGGAGUGGCUGAAAGGACGAGCUGGGGAUACAGGAAGUAAGGAUGACCUUAAUCCAGCAGUAAGCCAGAUGCAUUCACCUGGAUCGUGUAGGGGUGUGUCACAGUGUUCCAGUUGACUGGGCACACGCCAGUGGAGGGAGCUGUGGUGAUGGAGAACACAUAUGCAUUGAUGAAAAAUUUCAAGUGGAGAUUGUGAAAAAGCCACUGAGUCAGCUGCCAGGUGACAGGUCUACUAGAAGGUGCUCUUAGCCAUCAUGCAUCACUACUGACUCCUGUUCUUUCCUUUCCUGUCCCUCUAUAUAUUGAUGACUUAGGUCUUGGUGUUUGUCUGAAGUGAACUUGCAUAAUGUUUAAGUUGUAAUUCUAUUUUCAGUCAUUAUUUGUUAAUAGAAUUUGUGUUUAUGUGCUCACAUAUGAUAGUAAAUUCUUUUUAUAUUUCAACUUUGUAGUGACACAGUGAAAACUGGUUUGUGACUCAAAGUGAAAGCUAUGAAUGACAUGAGGUGAAAGCUUGUAAUUAACACAAGCAGAUAUAAUGAAAUUAUGUUUUGCUGGGAGGGAAAUGAACUCUUGUUUUUGGGGAGGGAGUUUUACAAUAUUGGUUUGUGGGGCAGAAAAUGAACUCUUAUUUGUGGGAAUGGAGUUAUGUAAUUUUGAGGGAGGAGCUGUGAAAUGUUGGCUUGUUGGUAGAGGAAGGAACUUUCGUACUAUAAAAAGAAAAAUAUACCUCUCUUUUCAUGCACUUUCAAUGAGACAAUUUGUGGACAUAUGCUCUUUAUAGGACAUUGUAGUGCAUCUACUUCCCACUUGUAUGCUUUGAGACAGAUCUAACAACAGUACUUGUGACUUAACCAUGAUCAGUGUCCUGAUUAUUGUUUACAGAUUGUGUUGUGUUUCUUCUUAGUGACAGUGAGACUGUAUAGCUGUCGUAUUUUCUCAUUUGACUAUCUAUU